UUUCUUCAGAUUGAUGGGGUUGCUAUGGGUAGUCCGCUAGGACCAUUAUUAGCAGACGUGUUCAUGGUAAAUGUUGAAAAUCAGGCUGAUGACAUAAUUGAAAACAUAUCACUUUAUAAGAGAUAUGUGGAUGAUAUCCUAGUUGUUUGUGAAAGUAAAGAGAUGUACCGUUUAUUAAAUAAAUUCAACACUCUUCAAAACCAUAUCAAUCUCCCUUUCCUAGAUAUACUUCUGAGUAGACGAGAAGAUGGCUCAAUCAAGCGAUCCAUUUUUAGAAAAUCAACGUGGACAGGUCAAUACCUUAGUUAUUAUAGUUAUUGCUCUGUGCAAUACAAACGUGGUUUGAUAAGGUGUCUUUUCAACAGGCUUGAUCGCAUUUGUACAAAUUACGCCAUUGAUGAUGAUGUUAAGUUGUUAAAUAAAACAUUAAUAGAAAAUGGUUACCCCCUGAAAUUCAUAAAUAGAUGGAAAAUCCAUGGUACAGUGAGACCUACUGUAGCCUCGGUAGAAUAAAAGCCUGUCUACAUCACCUUACCAUUCAGAGGUGAUUCAAAUAGUCUCUUAUUGAAACAAAGACUUAAAUCAGUCAUCAGCAAAACGUACUGCGCAGCAAAGGUCAUUGUCAAAGAAAGAACAAGGUGCAUGUUUCAUUCAAAACCUCAAAGACAUGAAAACGAUUGUGUCACAUCCCACUGUGUUUACCAAUUUAAAUGUGUGUGUGGUCACACAUACAUA